ACCUUCGGGCCAAGGCCCACAUUCAGAAACAGCACCGAGAACUAGAGCGCAAUGACAAUGAGAUUGCCCAGGAAAUCCAGGAGCAGCUGGUCCGGCAAGCUGAACUGCAGAGGCAGCAGGAGGAAAGUGAUGCGGCCAUUGCCCGCAAGCUCCAGGAGAAGGAGAUGAAGGAGGAAAGGCGACGGCAGAAACAGCUGGAAGCCAAUUUUAAAGAAGAGUACUAUGAUGAGAAAGGAGCCUCCCAGCUUCCCUCAGACACCAGGAAGGGCAAAUGUUCUGAGUGGGAUUCAUCUGAGUGGAAUGAACAUGCUGAACACUGCCCCCCAGAGAUCACCAGAGGCAGACACCCCAAGUGCAACUUGUCCGACUGUUACCAGGGCAAACACUGUGACCAGGGGCAUGUCAGGCACAUAAAGGGCAAACACCCUUCUGACUCCAACCCCAUCAGACUCCACAAGCCUGAGUUGUCAGGGUAUUGGAGGGAAGAGACUCAUCAUGGAUAUGAUUUGAUGGAUACUCGCGAGGAGCAUUCGCUUUUUAUUAGAGCUAGUGGGGAGCUGAGUGACUCACAGGAUUCACUGGAAUUUGAGAUGAUGGUGAGACGGAAGGAGAGACCUGCUGAGUUGUCUAUGACUCCAUGGCCCCAUGAAAGAGACAAAAGGAGGAAAAGAGAGAGAAACAGGGAGGGCUGUCGAGGGCAAAAGUGGAAUAAAGAAGGUAACUGGGAUAGGGAUAGAAUAGAGUGGGAGGGGAAGCAUGCCAGAGACUGGGGGAGGGAUGAAGUGUGGGAAAAGGACAAGAACAAAGAAAGGGACAGGAACAGGGAGCUGGAUAGAGACAGGGGGUGGGAAAGAAAUAAAGACAGGAAUAGUAUGUGGGAGAGUGAAAGUGACAGAGACAGGAGCAGAGAAUGUGAGAGAGGCAAAGACAGAGGUGGGGAGUGGGAGAGGGACAGGAACCGGGAGAGAGACAGGGAUAACAGCAGGGAGGGGGAUAAAGGCAAAGACUGGGAAAUGGAAAGAGAAGGAGAUGGGGAGCGGGAGUGGGGCAGCGACAGGAACAGGGAGAGUGAUAGAUACAGGGACAACAACAGGGAGAGGGGGGGAGACAGAUACUUGAAGAGGGACAGGGAGUGGGGCAGAGACAGGCAGUGGGAGAGAGAGCAAGAUGAAGAGCAAGAGAGGGACAGGAUCAGGGAGAGAGAGAGGGACAGAGACGGGGACAUCAGCAGGGAGGGGGAGAAAGCCAGAGACAACGAGAGAGGCAGGGAGUGGGGGAGCGACAAAGACAGAGUUGGGGAGCAAGAUGUGGAUAGAAAGGGGGACAGAGACAGGAGGGUAAGGAACACGGAGGGAGAGAAGGACAGAGACAUGAAGAGGAACAGGAACAUGGCGUGGGAGAGAGACACAGACAAGAAGAGGAACAGGAACAUGGAGGGGGAGAGGGACACAGACAAGAAGAGGCACAGGAACAGGGAGGGGAUGAGGGACAGAAACAAAGAUCUAGAUAGGGUUAGGCACAAAGAUUCACGUAAUGGCAGAGAUCCUGAUGGAGAAGGACCUGGCCUGAGCCAGAUUUGGUUGGAGGAAAAGUUUGCAGAUCAGGAGCACAAGCUGGGUAGGCGGAGAGUGAUUUCAUGGGACGAUGAAUUUUUGUAUAACUCAUGCUUCAGAACUGAAAGGAGAGGGGAGAGGAGGGAUCACUGGGACCCCCGUGAGGAGGUCCCAAGAGCACGCUCCUGUUCACAUGAGGACACCUCCCAGUCUUUCUCCCCCAGGGGGCCAGGCAGGAUGGCACAUAGCGAGUAUGGGAUGAGGGACGUUGUGCAGGGCCUCGGUCAGAUGGACCUCCGAGAGCAGGAGAUAAGGGACCUGGAGGUUGCCCGGAAACUGCAGGAAGAGGAGUUGAAGGCAAGUGAGAUUGACAAGAGAGCUGCACAAGUUGCACAGGAUGCAGAAAUUGCCCGUUUAUUAAUGGAGGAAGACAAACGGGUUUAUAAGAAGUCCAGGGAUCGAGAAAAGCCUUGUAUGGACCAUAGAAGACCAGAGGGAGAUGAAAAGCCUGGAUUCGAAGAAGUGGUGAGGCCCAGAUCACGGGAGGAAUACCAGCAGAGAUCCAGGAACCAUAAGGCAGAUAGACCGGCAGCUCGUUCCCAUGACUACGAGAACAUGGACUCCAGCUACCUGUAUCCAUCAGCCAACUAUCCUGGCCGUGCUGCUCCUGGGCCAGAGACAACUUAUAAAGGUUCCUACAACCGCCAGUGACCCUGCCCCCCCACUCCUGCCAUUCGUACAUUAUUUUCCUUUGUUUCAUUACAGUUCCAUUUUGGAUUCAUGACAAGCAGAUGCCUGCUGGGACAACUGAGACUUGCAAGUAGACUUUUCCUGGAAUUUUUGACACGGAACUUUAACAGAAUGAAUGCAGCCACCACACUACUGCUACUUAUACUUUUUGUUUGAAUUUGGGCUGGACAAAAAAUGAUAUACGAAGGAGUUGAUGGAGGUUGAUUUGCUGUGCUCUUGAAGUCAUGGCCAUAUUGCCAGAAGAUAUUCCUUUUUAUUUUUGGAUAGUUAAGGUCCCGCACUUUCAUCACACCAGCCAUCACUCGGUUGCGUGUUUCCUGGUGGCUGUCCUUCAGGUUACAGUUUUGCAACCUGUUCACAAUAUAAGCUUCCAGGAACAGGCCAAUUUGGAUUUGUCUGUGCUGUACUGUGGUGUCUUUGUUCUGUCCAAUGGCUGCUGUUUGUCCUUGUCCAUGUAGAAGAUAUAAGCGGCUUUGGGAUCUCGAUCUUUUCACUGAACCUAAUCAUGCAGCAGUGAUCCAGCAUGGGAAUUUUCCCCUCUCCAACACAUGGGAACCUCCACUCCAUUUCCUGGACAUGAGGCAGCAAUCCCCAUUCCAUAGAGUUAAGCAUCGUCAGCAAACUACUCCCAUCAGGAGCUGAAGAUACCAUUACUAGGGGGAACUCACUGUCUUCAUGUGUACUCUGCUGUUUACUUUGACAUAUUUAUUCAUGCGUCUUUGUUCCCAUUUUGCCUUGACGGCAAUAAUCUGAAUGAAUCAAAAGUGAUUUUUUUUUCUAUAAAAAUAUUUAUAAUUUUUAGUUGCCAAGUACUGAGCUUAUGCUACUGCUAGAUGUGUUGCAAGUUUUGUAGACAGAAAAUUAUCAAAUUUUAAGUACUCAUACAGUUUUUUUGGUUGUCACUAUACAUUGAUGGAAACCCAAUUCCCUGGGGGGUGGGGCUCUCUGGUUUUCUAAGAGUAAACAAAGCAAAGAAGGGGAUGCCAUAUUAUAUUAAUCAUACACAUAUAACUCAGUCUACCCUGUCAAUACCUUUCCAAGUCCCUAGUAACAAGAAAGACAUGGAGAACAUUGACAGACCUGUAUAUUGUACUGUCUAUAAUCUUGACCAUUUCAAGAAGGUUUUUUGAUGGAAGUACGUUUUUUUUUUUGGGGAGCGAGUACAUUUGUGAUCAUGGGAGGCCUUCAUACUGUACACUGUUCCUGUAAUGAAUUUUAAACUUGUCAAGCUGUUACUGUAUGCUCUUCUAGGAUAGUGCUAAGAAGAAGCCUCCUGCAAAAAUAACAUAAUUCUCCAAUGAAUGUUUUCCAAGAAAUGGGGCAGAUACGAACUGAGGAUUAAUAUCAAAUGCUUAGCAGGACAUGUUGCUUUGAGGACCUGCAUGCAAGGCUUCAAAUCAGAGAAGACUUAAGGAACACUGAAAGUAUAGAUCUUCAUAUAAGAUGGUGAAGGGAAAAAAUUACAGCAUACAGUUUUUCUUAAAUUACUUUUCAAUUCCACUUAGUUAUGUUUUGAUUCUGUUUUGUGUGAUCGGAUUCACAUCUUUUUGGCUUAAUUCACAAUGACUUUUGACUUUCAGUCUUCAGUUCCCCCCCCCCAGUGGCACUGCAGAAAACACUGCAUGGUUUAACUGCACUCCUCCACCCAUUUCCUUCCACAUUUAGUCUAUUCUUGCCUCUGUGAUGUUCCUGUAUCUCUGUAAAGGUAUCAUUGUGUACACUACUCCACAAAUCGUUGACUGCAGGUUACCAAAAAAAGCCUUAAGGAGAAAGAGUAAAGCUUGCUUUUCAUAAGUGAGAAGCUUCAUUAAUUUAUUCACUUGAAGGGAGCUAAAUCUGUCUGUUUUAGUAUCUCUCUAGAAUUUAAAAGGUGCCUGAGGAUGAAGAGAAUGAAAUGAAUAACAUAAGGUGGUUAGGAUCAAUAUUAACCAGAUUAGUAAGUGUGAGUACAAUGCUAUCCUAAUGUUGAAGUAUUGUGUACAAUUUCAGGUCUUCUACAACAUUAUAUAUGCUAAUUGUUAUUUUUGAACAGUGUAUGCUUAGGCAAUUGCAGACAAAGGAUUGGGUUAAGACUAUGGAGUGGAUUUUGUGCCACCUUGAAAUGCAAAAACUACUUUGGCAUGUGAGGGAAAACAUUUGAUGUGAUGUAUUGUUUUACAGUGCACAGCAUGCAGACACAGUGCCAUGUGAAAAUGCAUUGCAAAAGAGACAUUGCUUUUCAGUGAGUGUCGAGAGGAGAAAGUAACACAAUGAAAAGCAAAACCAUUUCUUUGUUUUGCAUCUUGUUCAAGUACCAUUAAGAAAAACAAAUUGAAGGGUUUACGUUACACACAAUUUAACAAUGAAAUUGUGCCACACCGCACCGAAAUGCGUCCAGAAAUAUCAACGCAGAUGUUGCAACAUAAUGAAAUACACAGCAACACUUGCAUAGCAAGUGCAAAAAAUACAUCACCACAGCAGGAGAUGCUAUUUGUAUUAAUAGAAUUGCAAGCUGUCAAGCUGCAAGGAAUAUGUUAUAGAAAGAGAUUAAUUGUUCUCCUGCUGAGGAAAAAAGUAACUAUCAUAGGAGAACUAUAAAGCAGGUUCUUCACCUUGGCGGAGAUUCCUUUUGUUUCCUGUAUGUAGUCAGCUGGUCUUCAUUUGGGUUGCUGCAGUUAGCUAGUGCAGAAGUUAAAAAUAUGUUAAAGGGUGGAAAUGGCUGUUUGGCAGUCCAUUAUGUAAUGUGUUCCCAUUCUCAGGGCUUUUGUGAAGUCACUUUCAUGAUAGUACCCAGUCCUAGUAAUAAAACAUGUCACAAACUGCAGUGGACUUUGUUAAUGGCCAGACCUUGGUGGGCAGAUUUACUAAAUUAGAACAAUUAUCCCCGACAAUGUUUGCAGUUCCACAGAUGAACCACCAGGGGUACUUAAUGAAAACAUUCCACGGAACAUUCAUAGAGACACAUUACUUCAUAUGUUUGAGUUUUCUCCAUCUCCUACUUUACACUCUCUUUACACUUUACACAUACAGCCCUUCAAGUACAUUUACUGACCCUCCUUUAAGCCAGGUUGAAGCAAGGUCAUCAGAGCUGCUACCAAGUAUAAGCUCUAAAAUCCUCCAAUUAACUCUUCAUAGUUUUACUGAUUUUAACCUUAGUAAACAAUGUCCUUGCUCAUAAGUCACUUGUACAUUUUACAAACAAGAAUGAAAACUUCAUUUAUACUUACACUUGAAACCCUUUUUAUCCAUGUGGGAUAUUGCUCAUAAAAUACUGACAAAUAAAAAUGUAAAAUGUGUUUUGUUACUUUAAUAUA